ACUAGAGCGCCCUCUAACGCUGCAGUUGGUGGUAAGCAUUCGUGAAUAUGGCAGAUGCUGGAGAUUUCGGUAGAAGUGACGCAGAAAGUGAUGGCGAAAUUCGAGGAUCUGAUCAUGAUGAGGAAGAAUUGCUGUCUGAAGAUGAAGGAGAGGUAGCAGUGGGGUCUGGCAGCGAAGGAGAGGUCCAGUCUGAGGAGGAAGAGGGACACGAGGAGAUGGAGGAAGGGCAACAUGAAGAAGAAGAAGAAGAAGAUGAAGGAGAAGCAGUGGAAGAAGAGGAGGAGGAGGAAGGUGCUAGAAUAGAGGAAGAGAUUCAGUCUCCAGAUGAAGCUCAGCCAGAACACGAGGGAGAACAAGAAGAGUAUGAGGAAUAUGAAUCUGAUCAAGAGGCUGUGUCAGAGCAGGAAGAAGCAGGGGAAGGCGAGGGUCACUACGAGGCUGAAGAACAUGAGAGGGAAGGAGAAGAAGAAGAAGAGCACGAGCAGGAAGAAGAGGUCCAUGAAGAAGAAGAGGGAGAAGGAGAAUAUGAAGAGAUGGUGGAGGGUGAGGAAGGGGAAGAGAUGGAAGAGGAGGAGGAAGCGGGAGAGGUAGAGCAAGAGGAAAGAGAAGAACAGGAAGAAUCAGAACAGGAGGUUGAGGAGCAGCAAGAGGAGGAGGAAGAAGAGAUGGAGGCAGAGGAUAAUGAAGGUAGGCAGUCACCGGACGAGGAUGCCCGUUCCCAUGGAGAUGGGGAGGAGGAAGAUGCUCGGUCACAGGAGGCAUCAGAUAAAGAAGAGAAUAGCGAGGAGGAGGACAGACUGGUCAUCAGUCAAGAUGAAGAGGAAGAAGGUGAUAGAGAAAGAGAGCAGGAGCAAGAAGUUGACGUAGAAGAGCAGGAUGCAAGACCACAGGUUUCAGAUGAAGGGAGUGACAGUGAUGACAACAUUGGAAGGAAACCAAAGAAGAGGGUGGUGGUUGGUAGUGAUGACGAGGAUGCUGGACAAACGAAGGAUUCAGAUGAUGAAGAUAAACCAGGGGCUGAAGCAACUCAAGAAGAUUUAUUUGGUGACUUAUCUGAUGAUGACGAUGACAACCUUGAUGACAUUGUAGACCAGCUUGGUGACGAGGACGGUGAAGAGAACGAAGACAGAGUCAUCCGUGGAGCAGACAUCAACGCAGACGGUGAUAUCAUCCAGAGGGAUGACGAUGAGGAGAAAGAACCGGAAGAGAUUCCAGAGACCAAGAUCGAGGUGGAGCUGCCCAAGCUGGGCGUGGACCUGGGAGAAGAGUACCACUUUGCAAAGCUACCCAACUUUCUCAGUGUUGAAACGAGACCUUUUGACCCUCAGUUUUAUGAAGAUGAAGUCCAUGCUGAUGAAGAUGAGGUGUUGGAUGAAGAAGGAAGAACAAGGCUCAAACUAAAGGUGGAGAAUACAAUCAGAUGGAGGAAAGUGUUUGAUGAGGAAGGGAGCGAGAUCGGCAAAGAGAGUAAUGCAAGAAUAGUCAGGUGGUCUGAUGGAAGUCUGUCUCUUCAUCUUGGGCAAGAAGUAUUUGAUGUUUACAAGAUGACACAGCAAGGAGACUUCAACCAUUUCUUCAUCCGUCAAGGCACUGGUCUGCAAGGCCUAGCUGUCUUCAGAACGAAGCUCUCAUUCAGACCACAUUCCACAGAUAGUGCUACUCACAGGAAGAUGACCCUGUCCAUGGCCGACCGAUGUUCCAAGACCCAGAAGAUCAAAGUGGUUCCCAUCUCUGGUAAUGACCCAGAGGCACAGAGGGGCGAGAUGAUCAAGAGAGAAGAGGAGAGAUUACGAGCAUCACUGAGGAGACAGAACCAGCAGCGGAGGAUACGAGAGAGAUCCCACCAGCGAGGGCUCAGUGCAGGCUACCUGGAGCCUGACAGAGAGGAUGGCUUUGAGGAGGAAGACGAUUCGGCCAUCAGCCUCUCCGCCAUCAAGAAGAACUUCAAGAGCAGUCUUGCCAAAGUUCAAGACCAUGGCCUGUACUCGUCAGAUGAAGAGGAGGUGGACAGGGCAGAGAAACUAUCUAGGGUCAAGGCACUUUACAGUGAUAGCGAUGACGAUUCUGAUUCUGAAGGCAAGAAGCGCAAAAUAGAAGACUCGGAUGAUGAAGACCAGGAUGAGGGAGCAUCGACCAAGAAGAAGAAAAGGGUGGCUGUAUUAUCAGAUGAUGAUGACGAUGAGAGCGACUAAGGAUACAGUGCAUUGAACUCAAAAUAAGAACUACCUUUGUAGGCUCGAGCAAUACUCCAACACAUGCUCCGGCGACAAUUCCUUGGCCAUACAUUUUCUACAUGAACAGGAUUUCCGAUUGAAUGCAUAGACCUAAUCCUAUACCCAUCCCUUAGCCUAACCCGAUACCAAACUUAAACCGAUUGCAACCCUAUUCCUAACCUUUUAUCUCGAUAAGAAAAUGGCUUCAAUUUAUUCUGGAUUGUUUAUCCUGCAGUAGAUUGAUUGUUUGAACCAGUAAAAUAAAAAUAAACUCACAAAAACUUGCUGGAAAUCAUCUUCUAAUAAAAAACACAACUCUCACUUGCACAUAGUGACCUGUGUUGCCGGCCCUACUUACCUUGAUUUCCUUAUCUUUCUAUGCUCAUUACUCAGCCCCUAAACAUUUUCUACCAAAAUCGUAUGGCACAUGUCAUUUAUUUGUAAUCUUGUACAUUCAGAGUAAGUUAUGUUGGUUUCUGUGAGAAUUUAUUUUCUAUCAUUACCAGAACGUUAAUUAAUGUAGGUAAAUGACUAUAGAGCAAAUGUCACUGCAGCAUGUGUCAUGCAACCCGAGUCACUGCUAUAGUACCAUGGUACAGAUGCGAGUGCUUAAUUCUCAUCUCCCCUCUCCCAGCCCAUUAUACAAAACCAGAUGUUUGUUACAAAACAACAAAUUCACUUAUCAUAUCAUCUUGUUCAAGAAUGCUUUUUUGUGUUCUCUGCCCUUGGGUAAACAGACAUCUGUCUAUGGAAAACAUUAUAUGAAUGGGUUCAUGUUACCAUCUCUUAAUAUAGAAAUACAAUGUAGGUGUGUAAUCACCCAAGUUAUCAUGCCAGAAAAAUUGUAAAAUUAUUGGUAGUAGUAGUAGUACGUAACCAUUACAAAUUAAUGAAUGGAGUUCCAUUUUUCCAAGAUGAUUGCUAUCCUUUUAAUUAUUCUUCUGUUUAUGUAGUUUUACAGGUCAUCCAUGCCGUCAACAUGGGCUCAUUGUAACAGCAUGUUAAUGGGACUAUCACUUUCAUUAGUGAGAGGGAAGGGGUGGGGCACUGUGUCUAUAUUAACUCUGAAUUCAUCAUGGUAAUUGAUAUUGUGAACAAUAAAUGUAAAUAGAUUAAAAUAAACGUCUGUACAGUUUUUAUGCAAAA